UUGAGCGGAAGUAAGCGCCGGAAGUAUCGGUCGAGGGCAAAAUGGCGACCUUGCCUUUCGUUUUGCGAAUAGGUAACCGAUUAUUAAGGCGAACAGCUCUAUGUAGAUGUCAACAUGCAUUUAGACGUCCAAUUUCUACAUCAGAUAAGUCGAAAGAUCUGCCCAGCAUUGCAGUUAAUGAGCCGAUGAUCGAAAGAGCUGACGAAUUAAAGCGUCUCGAGGAACAUUUUGCCGACACAGAUCCCAACAAACUUAAGAACUGGCAGUCUCAUGGCUGGUCGGACUUUGAUUACGAUGCUGACAAGUUCCACCAUAUAUUGACGAUGCUGGGUUUAUUCACCUUAUGCCUGGUCCCGGCCUCAUUCCUCGUCAUGUACAAUCCAGACUUCAAAUUACGAGACUGGGCCAUGCGAGAAGCGUACCUGGAGAUUGACCGGCGUGAGAAGAAUGGUCUGCCCCUAAUUGACCCCUACUAUGUGCCCCCUGGGAAUGUGCGUCUGCCCACUGAGCAGGAGAUCGGCGACAGAGAGAUCAUCAUAUAGAAUAGUGACGUGUCUAUAUUGUAUAGAACAAGGACUAUGUCUAUAAGGAACUUGUGUGCUAUAUAGCUGCUUCGGAAUGUGUGCUUUGGUUUUAGUUAAAAAUAAUUAUUAUAAUAAAUAUUUUCCUAUGUUUCAAUGUCAAGUUUUAUCAAAUGCAGUACACUGCAUAAAACACUGCAAGCAUUUCUGUAUGGUGUACGCUGCAACAAUCUUAAACAACAAUGAUUAUUCCUUAAAAUGUGACGUGUGUAUGCAAUAAGAGAUGGAAUAUUUUGUAAUUAUGUGCUUAGUGGUAAAUUCUUGUUAUAAAUUAUAAAAAACAAA